AUGAGUGUACCAGAAUCAAAAAUUGCCGACAUCUACAUAAUAGGUAAGCCAGAUUGUAUCUUCUGCAGGAAAGCAAAAGAUCUCUUGGAUAAAAACCUACUGGAUUACGAGUAUUACAGCAGUAGUCCUAACAGCAGGUACGUAAAGAAUAUCAUGGAAAAAUUGGACUACCAAAAGUUUCCGAUGAUUUUUUAUAAAGGCGAUUUUAUUGGUGGGUUUAACGAGUUGAGCGAGAAAUUGGUGGCUGGAGAGUUUGAAAAAUUGAGGUAUGAUGAUGAUUUCUGAACACAGAUAAAUUAAAACUUUUAGAUGCACA